UGACUGAUAAUUCCAGCUCUGUCAGUAUAUCAAUAUUGUUCAGUUAGCGUGCACUAAAAAACAAUGACGUCUCUAACAAUUUCGGAAGUUAAUUCAUUGAAUGAAAAUCAAUUCGAGACGGUUUUCGGAAAUGUAAUAGAACAUUGCAAAGGUGCUCCAGUGAUGAUAAAAAAGUUACGGCCGUUUAAAAACGUCAAUGAACUUUGUGAUGCGUUUCAAAAGUACUUGGACGAUAUCAAUGAAGAAGAAAAAUUGGCAGUAUUGAAAUCACAUCCAGAUCUAGCAGGAAGAUUGGCUCAACAAGGAGAAUUAACUCCAGAAUCAACGGAAGAGCAACGAAGCGCUGGAUUGAAUGAUCUAACCCAAGAACAAAAGCGAAUAAUGGAUGAUAGAAACACGCGAUACAAAUCAAAAUUCGGAUUCCCGUUCAUAAUUUGUGCAAGAGAAAACAAAGUUCAGUCAAUAUUGGAUGGAUUGAAAAAUCGUUACAACAAUAAUUAUGACCAGGAAGUGCAAACCGGCAUUAAUGAAGUAAAGAAAAUAUGCAAAUUAAGAAUUCUCAACAUUGUAACUAAUGAACAUGUACAAUAAGAUCAAUUUUUUUAAAAUUA